AAUACGAACGGCCCGUGCGAAGCGGCACUCUAUUCGCGCAACCGCGUAGGAAGUCCAGUCCCCAGACACCCCCAGCGGAGGAAGAGCAGCAGCCGCCGCCGCCGCCGCCGCCGCAGCAGCAGCUAUGUCGGGGGGAAUUGCCCGCGGCCGCCUCGCCGAGGAGCGCAAGGCCUGGCGCAAGAACCACCCGCACGGUUUCGUCGCGAAGCCGGAGACGCUGCCCGACGGGACGGUGAACCUGAUGAUCUGGCACUGUACCAUCCCCGGCAAGCAAGGGACUGAUUGGGAAGGUGGAUACUUCCCUCUGACCCUUCAUUUCAGUGAGGAUUACCCUAGCAAGCCUCCCAAGUGCAAGUUCCCCCAGGGUUUCUUCCACCCAAAUGUCUAUCCUUCUGGAACAGUCUGCCUUUCGAUCCUUAAUGAGGAUAGCGGCUGGAGACCAGCUAUUACUGUUAAGCAGAUUCUCGUCGGGAUCCAGGACUUGCUUGAUCAGCCAAAUCCUGCUGACCCUGCUCAAACAGAUGGCUAUCACCUUUUUAUCCAGGAUCCUACAGAAUAUAAGAGGCGUGUUAGACUGCAGGCGAAGCAGUAUCCUGCGUUGGUAUGAGAACUUCACCCUACUAGGGAUCCAUGCUGCACAUUCGCAUAGUUGUUGCUAGUGUCUUGAAUGGAAGACCAGAUGUAACAUGGUGCUUUGAGAAGUAACUAUCGUUCUUGUGGACCAUGUCUCUUAACAGUGUUAUUAACUGUUUGGAGUGUGUGCUUUGCGUGAUGAUGUCAAAACCUUGAUGUCUGAUUAUCAAGAAUUGAUGUGUGUUGUCUGACAAAUCUAAAUCUGUAUCUGUUGGAUACCUGUUAUAUGUCCUGAAUUCAAGGUUUUUUUUUCUUUCUA